AUGUCAUCGCCUGCCGCUAAACCUCUUGCAGAUGUGUCAAAAGAUGACAGUUUAGAGAGCGAGCGCUCUGUGGAAGUGGUUGAGCACGAUGAAAGAGAAAAGGAAUUGGAGGUAGGUGGGAAUUUCCUCGAUAGAAUCGGUCUCAAGUUCAACGCGGAGAUCAGAGGAGUGGAAAGGGUGCCUGAAGACAAGAGAGUGGACAGGAACUGGACUUCUCCCUUGACUAUGUUUCUCUCCCCAAACAUGUCGAUCGCAGCCUUGAGUACGGGGAUGCUUGGGCCAACAUACUAUGGCCUUGAUUUCAGAACUUGUGUUUUGAUCAUCGUAUUCUGGUCCAUCAUUGGGGCAAUGCCUGUGGGAUUCUACGCGACCUUUGGAGCCAAGUUCGGGCUCCGUCAACAAAUCUUAUCUAGGUAUUUUGCCGGAAAUGUCAUGGGGCGGGUGUUUGCCCUCUUUAAUGUGAUAUCAUGCUGUGGCUGGAACGCUGUCAACAUUCUUCCCUCGGUGCAGAUGCUAGCAUCGUUGGGACCCCUCCCACCAUGGGCAGGCUGUUUGAUUCUCGUGGUGAUCACUUGUAUUGUAGCGCUUUUGGGUUACAAAGCAAUCCAUCUUUACGAGAGGUACUCCUGGAUUCCAAACUUCAUCAUCUAUCUUGUGAUCAUCGCCAGGUUGACCAUGUCUGGGAACUUUACCUGGGGCCACAUGAAAGGUGGAAAACAAGAGGCAGGUAACGUUCUCACAUUUAUCAGUUCAGUAUUCGGCUUCACUGCUGGGUGGUCCCCUUCCUCGGCGGACUACUUCGUCUACAUGCCCUCCGAUACUCCAUCGUGGAAAAUCUUCAGCUGUAUGGUGGUUGGUUUGAGCCUUCCAUGCAUCUUCACCUUGAUUCUCGGUGCCGCCUGUGCCAUGGGAACUUUGACAGACCCAACUUGGAAACAGGCAUUUGAUGAUGGGUCUGUAGGAGGAUUGGUGAACAUGAUAUUGAACAUCAACAACUUGCACGGGUUUGGUAAGUUUUGUAUGGUGAUCUUGGGGCUCUCGUCGAUUGCGAACAACUUGCCUGGGUCGUACUCUCUUGCAUUGGCGGUUCAAGCUAUCUGGUCACCUUUGGCCAAGUUUCCCAGAUUGGGGUGGUGCUUGAUUGGAAAUUUUGUGUCGCUUGCCUUGGCGAUUCCAGCUUACUAUGUUUUUUCCGAGACCAUGAGUAACUUCUUGAGCAUUAUCGGAUACAACGUCGCAAUUUACAUUGGUAUCUCCUUCACGGAGCACUACAUCUACAGAAGAGGAUUCAAGGGUUACGAUGUGUCGGACUUCAACAAUAGGAAGAGCAUUCCUGUCGGAUACGCUGGAAUCAGCGGGUUCUUGUUUGGCGUGGCGUCCACGGUGUUGUCGAUGAACCAAACUUGGUACCAAUCCGUGAUAGCUAGGAAGUUCGGUCCCUCUGGCGGGGACAUUUCCUUUGAGCUUAAUAUUGCGUUUGCCUUUGUAGGCUAUAAUUUGGUACGCCCUUUUGAAAAAAAAUACUUUGGUCGCUAG